AUGCUCGCGAUUCAACGUCCUAGUAUGGGUUCGUCGAAACCACCGAACCUCGAUAUGCCAUUUGGCUAUGCAUUUGAUUCAAAUUCCACAUUUCCUUUCCCUUCACCUACUGCUCCAGCACCAGGUCCACCACUACUCGAUGAUAGCGAAUCCAACCUUCUCGAUAGCUUUUUCGAUGGUGUAAGCUCCGAUCAUUUUAAUUACGACUUCUUUUCAAAUACACAUGAUGGAGGGGAAUUGGGUGGAGGAUGGGAGGAAUUACCACCGACAUUCAUGGGAACGAGAGUUACAUUUGGUCAACAACCUCAACUUUCGAAUGAGAUGUCAAUUAUGAAUUUUGGAGAAAUGAAUAAUGGAAUGCAUCCCCCGUUAUCUCAAACUCAUCUACCACCUCAAAAUACAUCCGCAGAAGUUUUAGCAGCUGCUACGGUAUUACAAAAUGGUUCCAAUGCGCGAUCGCAUAGUAUAGGUAGCGAAACAUUAUUUGGAAAUCAUGGGAUACCAUCGCAAUCAUUAAAUCGCCAUGUCAGACCACAAUCUAUGUCACAUUAUCCCACUCCAACUUUAGGACUCGAUAGACCUCGAGAUGGAUUUAUGCGCGAUACAUUAUAUACCGAAAUGAUGUUUGGACCGAAUCAUGCCGGGCCGGAUCUCAUGAGAAGACCUAAACCUGUUCCUCAAAAAGUUGAUAUAAGAUGGGGUUCUGAUGUGGGAUUUGGAUCAUCACAAGGAUUUGUUCCGCCAUCGAAUGCGAAUAUUGAGGAAGCGGAAAGUAAACGAUUAAAGGCGUUGAAUGAAUUUAUCGGGGCUGCUUUGGGUGCGGAAAGUAGUGCGGAGACUACAAGACCUAGUAGUCCGAUGGUACAAAGGGAUUUACCAACACGAAGACAAAGUUCGGGAGUCGUCAAAAAAGAAGAUACAGAACCACCAAGGAAACGACGGAAGAGUAAAUUUAGUUCUACGGAAGAUGGAGGAGAGGAUGAUGAGGAUUCACUACCUAUAGUUGAUGAAAGGAAGAAACGAAAAUCCGUUGUGAAAGGUAUUGGUAGUUCACCCGGAUCAUUGGAAGGAGGCCAUAAACGACGAAAAUCUACUUCGGCCGCGGCAAAAAUUAGUAGGGAAAAUCUGACGGAAAAUCAAAAGAGAGAAAAUCAUAUCAAGAGUGAACAAAAACGACGGACACUGAUUCGAGAAGGAUUUGAAGAUUUAGGGGAAUUGGUACCGGGAUUAAGAGGGGGUGGGUUUAGUAAGAGUGCGAUAUUGGUAAUGACGGCGGAUUGGUUGGAGGAGUUAAUGCAAGGAAAUGAAGUUUUACGGCAAAGGAUUGAUGCAGCAAAGGGGAGAUGA